GCUUCACUCGCAGCAGAAAAGAAGACCACAGCCAUCCCCACCCAUCUCCGCCGGUGCCGGGAAAAAUGGAUCCGGCAAUCUGGAGCCGGCUCCCGGAGGAGAUUCUCGACCACAUACUCUCCUUACUACCGCUCAAAACCUUCAUGAACCUCCGAUCCACUUGCAAGCGCUUCGAUUCCCUCAUCUUCUCCCCUUCCUUCAUUUCCAAACACUCCUCCGCUGCCGGCGCCGCCGCUUCUCCGCCUUCCCUCCUCUUACUCUCCCACCCUCACUUCCCUUCCAGAGUCGGCGUUUACGACGCCGCCACCGCCUCCUGGCGCUCCAUCCACCUCUCCCUCUCCUCCGCCUCCACCUCCCCACGCGCCGCCGCCACGCUCCUCUCCUCCUCCAACGGCCUGUUCUGCCUCCGCAACUCCUCCUCCCUCCUAAUCUCCAAUUUCCUCACCAAAUCCUCUCGCCCCAUCAAUUUCCCUACAUUCCCUUUCGAUUUCGACUCCCUUACCCUAAUUUCCACCGAAUCGGGAUACAGCAUCUUCGCCCACUGCUCCAGGUCCUCCUUCGUCUACUCCUCCGCCGCCCAAUCGUGGUCCCAAUUCGACGGUUUCUCCCCGGCGCUGUCCGAGAGCUGCCGCCAGGAAGGGGUUUUCUUCCGCGGCUCCCUCUACUUCACGACUCAGGAGCCGAUUCAGAUCGUGAGAUUCGAUGUCCGUACAGGGGAAUGGGGAUCCAUGGAGACCGAGCUUCCGGCAGGGAUCAGCUUCGCGAGGCUGGUGAGCAACGGGGAGAGGAAGCUGUACUUGGUGGGCGGAGUCGGGAACAACGGGAUCUCGAAGACGGUGAAGCUGUGGGAAUUGGACGGCGGCGGGGAUUGGGUCGAGAUUGAGAGGCUGCCGGAGAUGAUGUGCCGGAAGUUUGUGUCAGUUUGCUACCACAAUUACGAGCAUGUGUACUGUUUCUGGCACCAAGGGAUGAUCUGUAUCUGCUGCUAUACUUGGCCGGAGAUACUGUAUUACAAGGUGGGGAGGAGGACGUGGCAUUGGCUGCCAAAGUGCCCGUCGCUGCCGGAGAAAUGGAGCUGUGGGUUCAAGUGGUUCUCCUUUGUUCCUCAGCUCUACGCCUUGGUUUAGUGUUCCGUUUUCAUUUUUUUUUUUUUAUACAUGUCUAUAGUUGUAUCGAGCUUGACCGGAAAGGCGUAAGUACUGUGUUUAUGUUUUCUUAGAUCGUUAAUAUAUGAGCGAACGAUUGUGGUGGUGCACAUAAAAUACGAGAAAAUUGAGAUGAUCGUAUAUACAUUCGCUUGCGUUUUUUGAACAUUACUACAGUUGUGUAGUCACAAAUUUGAAGGAUGAGAAGGAAUGAACAUGUGCUUUUUAG